AUGGUUUGUGAAUCGGAUCCUCGUAAUACCUGCUCUUCUGGUUGCUGCGGCGAGCAAGACAAGGGGAUCAAGACCAGGGAUGCAUCUGUUCCCCACACUUCUGACCGAGGGCCCACCGAGAGCCGUGGUUCCACCGAGAAACUACAGGAAGAAGACCCUAACAAGCCGAGCUGCUGCAAAGAUAAGCCAUCUCCUUGUUGUGAUGUCUCUUGCCUUGAUCGUAUCGCCCUCCGCGAAUGCCACAAAGAGCAGAUUCUAUCGUCUAAUGAGGCAUCUCCAACUCCCGACUCCCAGCUGCCAAACUCCCGAUGGAAAACCAUGCGAGCAGCACCGUCUUUCGGCGCGGACCAGGAAUCCUGCUGUGCACCGCCAAGACGCUUCUCCCUUGGUAAAGACCGUCGCUCCGCCGACUCUUGCUGCGCAGGGAGUAUCACGAGGCCCAAGACACACCACAGCGCAAGUAUAGAGGGUAGAGGAGAAAGCUGCUCAAGCGGGUGUUGCGGUCCUCCUAAGGCUCCCACAGUGGUUAAGCAGUGUCCUUCUACUAGCAAGGGGAAGGCCGCCGAUUCUGGUAGUAGUUGCAGUAAACCUGAGACACCUGAAUCUACUGGUGGGCAUACCUCCGUUACGAAUGGCGAGUUCAGAAACAUCAUCACGUAUUCGAAGGGUUGUUGCGAUAAACCAAAUAUGUUCCUGGUUCCAACUGCCGAACAAUGUUCGUCUCCUGAAAAGGGAAAUUCUUGCCGGCGGGCCUGCUCGCCUAGUUGCCGCAGUAAGUCCAAACAAGCCUCCAGUGCCUGGUCUGGCGAGAAGCCCGAUAAGCCAGCCUGCUCCUCUCCGUGCGGUAGUAAGCCUGAAGUGCCCUCCAAUACUUUUCCUGGAGCAAAGCCUGUUAGACCUGAACCUGGUACCCGCUCAACUGGCUGCUGCGGCAAGCCCGUAACGUCCCCAUGCACAAGCACCGAAGAAACGCCUACCGACUUCAUCGAGGUCAUCCCGGGUACCGCUACUCCUGAACUCGAAAAAGGAUUUACUGGCCAGGAGCAUGUUGUUCUGAGUAUAUCUGGAAUGACAUGUACUGGUUGCGAAACAAAGCUCAAGCGAACUUUGGGCACACUUCAGUCGGUCCAGAGCCUGAAAACUAGCUUGCUACUCUCCCGAGCAGAGCUUGAUCUGGACGUCAGUGCUCAGUCAUUCGAUGAAGUGUUGAAGUAUUUGGAAAGGACUACCGAGUUCAAGUAUGAGCGAGCCACAGAUCGUGGAUUUCGCCUCGAUGUUAUCGUCCCCAACGCCUCUGAGUUCAUGAAACAAGCCUGGCCCCGUGGCGUGACCGAGAUGACCCUCGUGGACGAUGGAAUAAUCGGCGUCUCUUUUGAUGCGAGGAUAAUUGGAGCACGAGACCUAGUUGAACAUGGCUGGGGUAGUCCUCUCAGCCUGGCUUCCCCUCGGCCUGACCCGACGCUCCAGGCUGGAGUCAAGCAUGUACACCAUAUGGGAUAUAUGACUAUUCUGUCCAUUAUACUAACAGGAAUCGCCUAUGGCUCUGCAUCGCUGGCACUAGCAACGAUUGUCCAAACCGUCAUUGCGGGCCCGUUCUACCCAAAAGCAUUGAAAGCCUUGAUCUUUUCUAGGAUAAUUGAGAUGGAUCUGCUCAUUGUGCUGAGUACAAGCGCUGCCUACGUUUUCUCAGUCGUGUCAUUUGGAUAUGUCAUUGCGGGGCAACGACUCUCCACUGGUGAAUUCUUCGAGACCAGCACAUUGCUGGUUACUCUGAUCAUGGUUGGUCGAUAUUUCGCCGCACUCGCUCGUCAGAAAGCCGUCGAAUCGAUUUCACUUCGGUCACUACAGGCGCCUACUGCUAUCCUCACGGACGACUCGGCGGCCAAUGAAAAAGAGAUUGAUGUCAGACUGCUUCAAUAUGGGGACAUCUUCAAGGUCGCUCCAGAUUCUCAGAUUCCUACCGAUGGCACAGUCAUCGGAGGCUCGUCAGAGGUCGAUGAGUCAAUGAUUACUGGAGAGUCUAUACCGGUAGACAAAUCCCUUGGAUCUGCCGUUGUUGCAGGAUCUGUGAAUGGUUCUGGGAUCUUGAUUGUCAAGUUGACGCGUCUCCCUGUGGACAAUACAAUCUCUAUCAUCGCAGGGAUGGUAGAUCAAGCAAAGCUUUCAAAAGCAAAGGUGCAGGAUAUCGCGGACCGAGUGGCGAGCUAUUUUGUACCUGUGAUAGUCGCUCUGACUAUCAUCACCUUCGUGAUAUGGAUCGCCGUAGGCAUUGCAGUUCGAAAACAGUCCGGGUCUCGAGCAACUACGGAGGCCAUAACGUACGCUAUCACUGUCCUGAUUGUAUCUUGUCCUUGCGCAAUCGGCCUGGCAGUACCUAUGGUAAUCGUUAUAGCCAGCGGCGUUGCUGCCGAGCGAGGCAUUAUUUUCAAGGGCGCAGACAGCAUAGAACUCGCCUGCAAAGCUUCCCACGUGGUAUUCGACAAGACCGGAACCCUCACCCAAGGCAAACUGACCGUCGCUAUUGAGCACAUAGACAACGCGAGCAAUACCAUGUCUCUACUUCUCGGUCUAGUUGGGAGUAACAAGCACCCAAUCUCCGCCGCCGUUACUGCACAUCUGAAAGCCAAAGGCAUAUCACCGUCUACUGUCCCUGAUACAAAGCUACUAACCGGCAAAGGUGUAGAGGGUUUUGCACCAGGCCUUAUUCUCCGCGCAGGAAACUCACGAUGGCUCAACCUCUCGUCUGACCCGCUGGUCCGAUCCAUACUUGAAAAAGGCUAUACAGCAUUCUGCUUUACAAUCAACGACAACCUCGCCGCCGUAUUUGGCUUAGAAGACUCACUUCGCCCUGAUGCCCGCGAAAUCGUCACCAAGCUCCAGGAACGCGGUAUAUUCGUUCACCUUCUCUCAGGUGACGACGACGGCGCCGUCCGCUCUGUCGCAAGACAGCUCGGCAUCCCAGCUCAAAACAUCCGCUCCCGGUGCACUCCAGGCGAUAAACAAGCCUACAUCCAAGCCCUCCACAACCCACUCGACCAAGGAUCUCACAAGACGAGACCAACAACAAUCUUCGUUGGCGACGGCACAAACGACGCUGUCGCCCUCGCCACCUCCACAAUCGGUGUACAUAUGAACCAAGAAACCGGCACCGACGUCGCCAAAUCCGCUGCAGAUGUCGUGCUCAUGCUGCCGAGCCUACUAAGCAUCCUGACGAUGAUCAACAUCAGCAAGAAAGCCGUGUGGCGGAUCAAGUUCAAUUUUGGCUGGAGCUUUGUGUAUAAUCUGUUUGCGAUCUUACUUGGUGCGGGCGCAUUUGUGGACGCUAGGAUUCCACCUGAGUUCGCGGGGUUGGGAGAGUUGGUUAGUGUCUUGCCUGUUGUUUUUGCGGCUGUUCUCUUGAGGUGGGCGAGGGUUUAA